GAAAAAAAAAAAAAAAAAAACUUUCCCCUUCAAAAAAUAAAAAACAUUAAAAGAAUGACUUUAUCUUUAUUACCAGAUGAAUGUUUUAAUAAUAUAUUAUUUUUUCUUGAUUAUAAAACAUUAUAUAAAUGUUUAUUAGUUAAUAGAUAUUAUUGUAAAUUUUCCAUUCCUUUAAUUUGGAGAGACCCUUUUAUACCACCAAUUCCUAAUAAAUGUUCAUUAAUAAAUACAUUAAUUUCAUGUCUUAAUGAUGAAGAAAUUUCAUCAUUAAAAUCAUGUUUAAUAUAUUUUGAAAUAAAUAAUAAUACACCACCAUUAUUUGAAUAUGGAAGAUUUAUUAGAAAAAUUGAUCAUGAUUAUUGCGUAAAUCAUAUUAAUUCAUGGAUUAAAUCCAAAUCAUCCAAUAAAAAUAUCAAGAAUAAUAAUCAAGAUUAUUAUAAUAAUAAUAAUAAAGAUUCUAAAGUUAGAAAAUUAACAAGUAUUAUUUAUAAUAUGAUUAUGAGAAAAGGAUCAAAUUUACAAGAAUUUGUUUUAUUUAUAAAUUCAAGAAAUUAUUAUAUUGAUUUACCAAAAUUUUCAAUUUUUACAAUUUAUAAACCUGGAAUAACAAAUUUAACAUCUUUAAGUAUAGAAGUUUAUUUUGAUUUGGUUGAUGAUGAUAAGAGAUAUCAAAAUACUAUUGAAUUUUUAUCUAAUGUAUCAAAAUUUUGUAAUUGUAUAAUUAAUUGUGAAUUUUGGAUAUCAAAUUUAAGUAAUGCUUUAACAAAACCAUUUUUGGAUAUUAUUAAAUUACAACCAUUAGAAAGAAUUUUAAUAGAUACUUAUACUGAUAAUUAUAUUGAAAAGGAGAAUGUUGAAAAAGUUAUACACGCUUUGGAAUUUCGUUCUAAAACUUUAAAACAAUUAUUAUUUAGGAGUUUGGAUUUUCAAUUAAUUGAUUUAUCUUUUCUAUCAAAAUUAGAAUAUUUAGAAAAUCUUGAAUUUGUUCAAUGUAGAGGUUUCGUUUUACAAUCCUUAUUUUAUAAUAAGAAAUUUAAUUUUAAACAAUUAAAAUUAUGGCAUGAUGAAGAUUAUUAUUAUGAUUUACUUAAGGAUUAUGGGAAAAAAUUAUCAAAUAUUAUGGUUGUCAUGUUAAAUUCUUUUUGUAGUAAAUCUUUACUCAAAUUAUCUUUAAAUAUUAUUACUCCUGAUUCUAUUAAUGCGGUAAAACUUUGUUGUCCUUAUAUUAAUUCUUUAAAUAUUAAAAUUUUUUCUGAUCAAUCUUUAGAUUUAAUUAUUCCAAUUAUUUGUCAUUUUAAUUUAUUAAAAACUUUAAAAAUUGAGAUUUACGAUGGUGUUGUUAAUAUUGUAAAUUUAGUAGAAAUUUUGGCUGAUCAUUUAUUAUUUGUUGAAUAUUUAAUUUUGGAUUUUAAUAUUGAUUUAUCUUCUUUUCAAUAUUUUAUUAUUAAUUGUAAAGCAAAUUUUAAAAAAUGGAUCAUUUAUAUUGAUAAUAAUAAUAGAAAAGAUUAUUUAUUACAUGUUAAUAAUUAUCAAAAGAUUCAUAAUUCUUUGAAAAUUUUGGGAAUUAAUAAAUUUUAUAAUCGUGAUUUUGAUUGGACGAAUGAUGAAUUGGAAGUUAUUGGUUAUUUAAAAGAUCAAGGUGUAGAUAUUAUUUCAUCUGAUGAAUUGGAUAUUAAUUAUUUAUCAUAAAAAAUAUUAUUAUUAUUAUUAUUAUUAUUAUUUAUUAUUAUUAUUUAUUAUUAUUAUUAUAUAUAUAUAUAUAUGUAUGUAUAGGUACCGUAUUUUUAUUAAAAUAAAUAUUCCAUUCAAAUUAGCAUUGGCGCGGACUUGUAAUUAUAAGUAUGACUGUGAGAGUAUUCAUAUGGUUGAUCUCGUACAUAUUAUUCCAUAACAUUCCAUAACAAUUAACAAAUACUCAUGAUAUACUGUA